GUAUAAGAAUGCCCUAUGGCGGCAUGGCUCAUCCAUCCAUCGACUAGUCAUUGUACGUAGCCACACCGGUCCAACCUAAGCGAGAGCUAAUGGAAGCUCUAACUAGCUCGCCAAAUUAGCUAGUCACCAUCACUAUAUCUUCCUCUAUGUGUAAUAUGUACUUGCAAUAACUAAUAAGAAGAUUUGCCUCCUAAUCAGACAACUAAUUAGCUUGAUCUGACAGCGUGCAUUCUGACGAGUCGUACGUGCAUCCUGACACGGCGUCGAUCGUUCGAAUAUAUAAACACAGCUGCGCUCUACGCCAACAACUAACUGUCCGUGUGCGAGUUGCGACCUUGCUGGAAAACUUGUACCUAGAGCUAGCUGAAGGAAGCAAUAUGGCCACCGUGGAUGGCACAACGGCGCCGAGCUCCGGCGGCAAGACGGCGACGGUGGCGUUGGAGUCGGGCGGCGGCCGCUACGGUGGGCCGGCUCCGGCGAAAUGCUCCGGCGCCAACCUGGCCCUGAGGGCGCUGCUCUUCGCCGUGUCGCUGUCCGCGCUCGUGGUGCUUGUCACCGCCAAGCAGACGGUGAUGGUCCCGUUCGUCAUCCGGCCGCCGCAGUUCAUCCUCGCGCCGGUCCCCGCCAAGUACACGCACUCACCGGCGCUCAUAUAUCUGCUGGCUGCGCUGUGCGCGACGUGCUUUUACAGCCUGAUCACGGCCAUCAGCUCGGUGAGGUUGCUCUCCAGCUCGGCUUGCUCUGCCAAGACGCUCUUCUACCUCAUCCUGCUUGAUGUGUUCUACGCAGCCGUGAUGGCGUCGGCGACCGGGACAGCGGGGGCCGUGGCGUGGGUGGGACUGAAGGGGAACUCCCACACCCGGUGGAACAAGAUAUGCAACGUCUACGGCAAGUUCUGCCGCCACAUCGGCAGCUCCACCUUCCUCGCCCUCAUCGCCGCCAUCGUUCUCGUCCUCCUCGCCUUCCUCAACGCCUACUCCCUCUACCGCCGAAGCCGUUGAUUCAUUCCCCAUGAACUUGUUUGCUGCCGCCGCCCCCGGACCGUAGAGUUGCUUGCUUCCGUCGUCGCAUCGACCGUCCGUGUGUGGAUGGAUUCUUGUGUUUAAUUAGUUUUUGUCCCUAAGUGUUUGAAACAUUUGGGUGGUGUGAUGUUUUUUUAGUGCUUGCCGGCCGUAUAUGUUAGCUGUUGUCUCACAUCUCCGGAAAUUCAACGUUAUCCUCUCAGUGAUAUAUAAUGUUUCAUGGUUGAACUAAUGAACUAGAACAUGUACGUUAACGUUGUCGCAUUCCGUUGCAUCAAAUUUUACUAUCAUUCGUUGUGUGGAUCGAGUCUUGUGUAGCAGAAACAAAGUAUUCCAGUUAGGUGAUCUAUAUGUUGUUAUCGACCGAGAAA